AUGGCGGAUGAAGCGGGAACGGGAACGGGAACGGAUCAGGUGGAGGAGGAAUUCUCUGUGUGGAAGAAGAACACACCAUUCCUCUACGAUCUUAUGAUCUCUAACCCUCUCGAAUGGCCUUCUCUCACCGUCCAUUGGGUCCCAUCGACGCCGAUUCCUUACGCGGCGGAUCCUUACUUCGGCGUCCACAAGCUUAUCCUCGGCACCCACACUUCCGGUGAGGAUCAUGAUUAUCUCAUGGUCGCCGACGUCCUUAUCCCCACACCCGACGCAGAACCGGGGUUAGGUCGCUCAAACCAGGAUCCCAUACUCCCUAAGGUGGAGAUUAGGCAGAGGAUACGUGUUGAUGGAGAAGUGAACAGAGCACGAUGCAUGCCUCAAAAGCCGACGAUUGUGGGUGCAAAGACAAGUGGGAGUGAGGUGUUUCUGUUUGAUUACGCGAAACACGAUGCUGCGAAGGCUCAAGCAAGUGAUUGUGAUCCUGAUCUGAGGCUAUUGGGGCAUGACAAGGAAGGUUAUGGAUUGUCUUGGAGUCCUUUCAAGGAGGGUUAUCUUCUGAGUGGCUCACAGGAUCAAAAGAUUUGCCUUUGGGAUGUUUCAGCUACACCGCAAGAUAAGGUUUUGAAUGCAAUGUUUGUGUAUGAGGGACAUAAAAGUGUUAUCGAAGAUGUAUCGUGGCACAUGAAGAAUGAGAACCUUUUUGGAUCUGCGGGUGAUGAUGGUAGAUUGGUGAUAUGGGACAUGAGGACAAACCAGAUGCAACACCAAGUCAAAGUUCAUGAAAGAGAGGUGAACUAUCUGUCUUUCAAUCCGUUCAACGAAUGGGUUUUAGCCACAGCUUCCUCAGACUCCACUGUUGCCUUGUUUGACCUCAGGAAGCUGAAUGCACCUCUGCACGUCUUGAGCAGCCACGAGGGAGAGGUUUUCCAAGUGGAGUGGGAUCCAAACCAUGAAACAGUGCUUGCAUCUGCCGCUGAAGACAGAAGGCUUAUGGUCUGGGACAUAAACAGGGUUGGAGAAGAGCAGCUAGAGAUAGAGCUAGAUGCAGAAGAUGGUCCACCUGAGUUACUCUUCUCUCACGGAGGCCACAAGGCUAAGAUAUCAGACUUUGCUUGGAACAAAAACGAGCCUUGGGUCAUUGCGAGUGUCGCUGAAGACAACAGUCUUCAGGUGUGGCAGAUGGCCGAAAGCAUCUACCGUGACGAAGAUGAUGCUGAGGCCGAUGAAGACAUCAAACAAGAUGCAUAA